AUGCGUCGCCCACGCCCUCAGCACAAGACAACCUGCCUGCCUCGGGACCUCCGAUCGGAACUAGGAAUCCGCGAUACAUACGGCGAAAAGAAGCGGCGACAAAAUGGGCCUGCUACACGCAAAGAUCGCCGCCGCGCCGAGCGAACGGGAAAGAAGUCUAAGCAGCCCACGGGGCCCCCUAAAAAGAACAACCAGCGAUAUGAGCAGGAGGAUUCGGAUUCGGAUGAUUUUGACCUCGAUGAGAAAUCAUCCGAUGACGAACCCAAGGCUGCAGCCAAGGGCAAAUCUCAGCUGAAGACAACUACGAAAAAGGCUCAGCCUGAAAAACACCAAGACUCGGAGUCAGACGACGAUAAUAUGUCAAUCGAUUUGAAUGAAGAUGACGAUAAGGAAGAGGACGAAAGUGAUUUUGACCUUGACGAGCCUGAAGACGACGAAGACGAAUCAACGACCCAUGUCUCUGCCAAAGACAAGAGCAAAAUGGCACAAGAUGAUGCUGAGAUUGCUGCCCUCGAGAAGAAACUUGGCAUGAAGAAGGGAAGCAAGCUCCCCAAGGCCUUCGCCGAGGAUGGGUUAGACGACAUCCUAGGUGAAUUGGGCGAUGCCUCCGAGGACGAGGGCAAAAAGCGAAAACGGGAAGCGGACGAGUGGCUCCAAAGCAAGCGACAGAAAGCCCAAAAUCUCAAGGCCCAACAGGAGAAAGAUUAUAGUGAAGAGGAUAGCAACGAGGAUGAGGAUGAUCUCGACGAUCAGAUAUUUGGCAGUGAAGAUGACGAGAGCGGGGAAGGAAGCGAUUUUGAGGGCUUCGACGAGGGAGAAAAAGCUCCGCCGAAGAAAAAGGAAAAUCCAUAUGUGGCACCUGUAUCCAAGACCGAAAACGCCUUGCCUCAGAAGUAUAUUCCUCCCUCAUUACGAGCUCUGUCGGGCUCGGAGAGCGAAUCUCUCACUCGUUUGAAGCGCCAAGCUCAGGGUCAAUUGAACAAGCUUUCAGAGGCCAACAUGAUUUCAAUCGUAUCCGAGUUUGAAAAGCUGUACCGCGACUACCCACGCCAACAUGUCACAUCCACCGUAAUCAAUCUAUUGUUUGGACUUAUUUGUGAAAGAGCUGUGCUUCAAGACACAUUCAUGGUCCUUCACGCGGGUUUCAUUGCGGCUUUGUACAAACUCAUGGGUAUGGACUUUGGUGCUGAAGUUGUGCAAAAAAUCGUGGAAACCCUGGAUGCCGGUGGUGAUGAACGAGGCCCUUUCGCGGGCAAGGAAGUCGUCAAUCUGGUUUCACUCCUCUCGCAACUCUACAACUUCCAUGUGAUCGGAAGCCCCUUGAUGUUUGACUAUGUCCGUGACUUCCUUGCAGACAUUACAGAAGACAAUACAGAACUUCUCCUCAAGGUUAUCCGCAACUCCGGACCUCAACUUCGUCAGGAUGAUCCAUCUUCAUUAAAGGACAUUGUUCUCAUGAUCCAGCCUGCCGUGGCUAAGAUUGGAGAAGAUCGUCUCUCCGUUCGCACGAAAUUUAUGAUUGAAACUAUUACGGAUCUCAAGAACAACAAGGUGAAGAAUGCCAUUGGUGCCAAUAUCACCUCUGAACAUAUUACCAAGAUGCGCAAGAUUUUGGGAUCUUUGAAUAACUCUCGCGUCAUCCGUGCUUCGGAGCCCAUCAGCAUCACACGCGCUGAUAUUCUCAACUCUUCUAAGAAGGGAAAAUGGUGGCUUGUUGGUGCCAGCUGGAAGGAGGACCCGCUUGUAUCAGCCCGCAAGGAACUGGCCGGUGUCCCAUCACAAGCUGCCCAAGCUGAGGAUGAUAGCGAAGCUGAGCCUGACCUAGGCGAUCUGGCUAGGGCUCAUCGUAUGAAUACCGAUAUUCGUCGCUCAAUCUUCGUGGCCAUUAUGUCUGCCACGGACUACCAAGAUGCGCAGGUCAGAUUAAUGAAGCUUCGAUUGAAGCGUGCCCAGGAGUUCGAGAUCCCCCGUGUUCUUCUUCACUGUGCAAUGGAAGAAGACGCACACAACCCAUACUACACUCUCAUCGCGCGCCGGAUUUGUGGUGAGAUGGGACGCCGUAUUAAAAUGUCCUUCAUGUUCGCUCUCUGGAAUAUCUUCAAGAAGAUGGGCGAGCGCGGCGAUAUGGAUGACGAGGAUGAAUUCGAUCCCGAUGACGAGGAAAACGGGAUUAGCAUGAAGGCUGCCGUUAACCUGGCCAAGAUGUUCGGGAUGCUUAUUGCGGACGGGUCUCUGACGCUUGGUGUGCUUAAGAAUCUUAACUUCGCUUAUCUCCAAGUGAAAACGAAGAUGUUCGCUGAAUUACUCUUCAUCAGUAUCAUCCAGCAGUCUCAGAAGAGCAAAAAAUCGAAAAAGGAAAAGAAGGAAGACAAAUCUGCUUCAAGCGAGCUCCCAAGAGACGAGGAGUCUCUUAUGAAGAUCUUUAUGCGCGUGCAGGAAACGCCACAUAUCGCCAAGGGGAUUAUCUUCUUCCUUCGCAAAGAAGUAUCCAAGAGCGAUCUUUUGGAAUCAGAGAGCGACCAAAAGAUGAUUCGUUGGGGUUGCAAUGUGGCUAUUGACGCGCUAAAAGCGAUCCGCGACUGA